UCACGCCUCUGUUACGGUUUCUCUCUCCUCUCUCUCUCUCUCUCUCCUCCAAUCGCCAUUUUCAAUUCUACUAAAGCUUCAGACUGUAAUACCUUUGUCCAUUUGCAGACUACUGACAAUCGCCGGCGGCAAAUCAUCAUGUCAUUUCUCAUUCUAUUCCAUUUGAUUCUCAUUAUCAUCCCGGCUAUAUCUUCCUCCGACGUCGUUUACCGUAUUGAUUGUGGAAGUCCGAUUAAUUCAACCGAUAACUUCAACUCAACAUGGAUAUCCGAUCGUUUCUACACCGGAGGUUCCAACGGCCUAGUCUCCGAACCGCUUCACUUUCAACAAUCACAAGAGAAAACGCUUCGUUUCUUCCCAAUUUCAUCUGGUAAAAAGAACUGUUACGUCGUUCCGGUUCCCGACGGUCGUUAUUUCAUACGGACAUUCACCGUUUACGACAAUUACGACGGUAAGUCUCAGUCGCCGAGUUUCGAUGUAUCUGUUGAAGCAACGUUGGUUUUCAGUUGGCGAUCGCCGUGGACGGAGGAGAUCGCUUCAUCCGGUGCUUAUUCCGAUCUAUUCGCGUUCGUUACAGAUGGAGAAGCUGAUGUUUGCUUUUACAGUAUAGCUACAGAUUCGCCGGUGAUUUCGUCGCUUGAGGUUGUUCAGGUUGAUACCGCGUCUUAUGACUCAGCCACGAUUGGAAACAAUUCGAUUCUGGUUAAUUAUGGAAGAUUGACUUGCGGCUCAGAUAAUUGGGGACCGGGAUUCAGCAACGAUACUGAUUUCUUAAGCCGUUCCUGGCAAUCCGAUGAGCAAUAUCGGUCUCCUGGUGGUAAGGGAAUCCACACAAUCGCUACAAAGAAAGCUAUAGUGAAUGCUGACCAGAGUCCGAACUAUUUCCCUAUGAAACUUUACCAAACCGCUGUAUCUACCGUAGAAAACGGAGUGAUCGAUUACGAAUUACCUGUGGACGCAAAAUCGGACUAUCUAGUUUGGCUACAUUUCGCUGAAAUCGACGAAACUGUAACGAAACAGGGCCAGAGAGUUUUCGAUGUUGUGAUAAACGGAAACAAUUUGACAAGGAUUGAUAUAAUUCAGCACGUCGGAAGCUUUGCUGCCUUUAGUUGGCAUUACAUUGCCCGGAAUUUAACAAGCACAACUUUGAAUAUUCAACUUAUUCCGGUCACCGGAGCGCCAUUACUAUGCGGGCUUGAGAAUUACGCGAUUGUUCCUGCCGAUAUUUCCACUCCUAAGGAUCAAGUGGUUGCAAUGAGAGCGUUAAAAGAUUCACUGAAUGUACCUGAUAGAAUGGGUUGGAAUGGUGAUCCUUGCGCUCCACCUAUGUGGGAUGCUUGGGAAGGUGUCACUUGUCAUCCUUCUAACAACAAAUCUUCUGGACUUGUUUCCAUCUCUCACAUAGAUGUUGGUAGUCAAGGGUUGAAAGGAGGGUUUAUAAGCGAUAGAAUAGGCUUAUUGUCUGACUUGGUAAGCUUGAAUCUAAGCUCUAACACUUUGGGAGGAAGUUUACCAUCGGAUCUUGGUCAUAAGGCCCUUAUGAAGUUGGAUUUGUCGAAGAAUAAGUUUACAGGGUCAAUACCAGAUAGCCUUUCUUCUACUAAUCUGCAGCUUGUACUUUUGAAUGAUAAUUUGCUAGAAGGAAGAGUGCCGGAGGAUCUUUAUUCUGUGGGUGUUCAUGGUGGAGUUAUUGAUUUAACCGGUAACAAAGACUUGUGUGGCGUACCUCCUUUAAAAGAUUGCCCACUAUUAUGGGGAAAACAAGGCUUAUCCACAGCUGGGAAAAUCGGAGUCGCCAUCUCAUCCGUCUUCUUAUUUUGCCUUAUUUUGUUGGGAACCAUCGUAUACAUCAGAAGACGUCGCAAUGACUAUGACUUUAGUCUCCCUCACGAACUGGCUUCUCUAGCUGCCAAGAGAAACAAAUAUCAAAGACAGAAAUCUAUGAUGGCCUUAGAAUUGGAGAGCCAACAUGCCAAAGGAUUCAUACCAAAUCUAGAUGCGAAAUAAACUCGUAAAAGCUAGGAAGAAGGUAGAAGAUUUUGAUCGUAUAACCUCCCCUCCAUAUGUAUAAUAUAUUGCAGUUUUUGGAUUUUGGAAAAUGGAGGAGAAUCAUUGUGGGUUAUAGUGCAUUUGUCAAUGAUUGAUCUUGAAACAUGAACAGUCUGUUGUAAGAGAUAUAUAUAUGAUUUAGGUUAUUUUUCAUA